AUGUCCGUCUACGGUAGAACCCACGAGCACGGUGCCCCUGAGCUCCACCACCAGAGCGAGGAGGAUGACGACUGGGAGACGGAUCCCGACGGCAAGGAGGUGCAGGACCUCCACAGCCUCCGCCAGCAGGUGACAAGCCAGCACGAAACCUUCGUGGCCCAAGACUUCUCCAACAAGAAGCACGAAGUGGGCUCCUCCUACGGACAGGACAAGCUCCGCAACUAG